AUGGCUACACAAACUGUUGAAGAUAGUUCUAGAUCUGGUCCAAGAAGCACUACUGUAGGGAAGUUAUUGAAACCGUUGAAUUCUGAAUAUGGUAAAGUAGCUCCUGGAUGGGGAACGACCCCUUUGAUGGGUGUUGCAAUGGCACUAUUUGCGGUAUUCCUAUCUAUUAUUUUGGAGAUUUAUAAUUCCUCUGUUCUACUGGAUGGAAUUUCAAUGAAUUAG